AGCACACCCACCUGGGCUGCGUUGGCUAAUCAGCCCAGGUGCUUAAAGGUGUGCUGCUCUCCACAGUUCGGGCCCGAGACCGGGAGCUAAAACUGAGAGCUCAAUUAUGAGUUUUUGUUCGGUUCGGUUCGUUUCGUUUUAUUUUAUUUUACAAACGAAGGGAAGUAAUCCUCAGCUGGGAUGUUGUCGGAGCUGGACCUGGCCGGGAAGGCGGGUCAGCUACGGGCGGCGCACGGGAAAGUGAUCGCGCCGUUUUACUUUCUUAUGUCUUUGUUAUUUUAGCUAAUUGUUUUUGCCCGGAACCCCUUGAGGGGGAAGGGUGAAGAGGUCCGUUUAUUUGAUUUCGUGUUUGUGUGUGCGCUCUCUCUCUCCAUGCGACGAGAACGGUGUUCCCCGGUACUGUCGCAAUUCCCUGUCCGGUGUGUCACGCUUGGCGUGUAACUAACAACUUCCGAUCUUGACAGAGGAAAAUUGCUUGCAAGCUCAUUGGAUUGUGGGAAUGGCCAUCUCUGUCGCUGGUAGUAAAAUGUCGCUUACCUGGAGCCAGAUGGUGGCUGCAUUCUUCUUGACUUCCCUUUGUACAGGAUUCUGCUACCCUGAGAGUUCUGGGACUGAGUUUGUAACAGCCUUCAUGGAGAACAUAGCUUAUUACUACAGAAGUUCGCCCACCCUCAAACUCCACAUUUCUGCCCUGAGAAAAUGCACACAGGUCAACGUCAGUGUGGUGGACCAAACCUUUAAGGCAACCUUUACGAUGUCAGCUGGGCAGACAAAAGAGUUGAUCCUCCCCAGCGGGUUGGAGCUGGACAAGUUUAACACUUCCUACAAGACAGUUCGUGUGACUAGCAGCUCCCCGGUGACCGUCUUCUCUGUCAAUCAGAAGUUCACAAGCUUUGACACUGGCAUAGUUCAGCCUGUGCAGAAUCUGGGUACAGAGUACCGUCUGGCCUCCCCAGCAGAUCCUACAGACCACUUAUAUCAGUUUGUCGUCAUCAACGCCCAGGUUGCCAACACGGUCACAAUUUCCCAGCCAUCCCAGGACCCGCUCACAGUCAACCUCGGCCCAUAUGAAAAUGCUAAGUUCCAAAGUCCGAAAUACCCUGUGUCCACACAGGUGACCGCCCAAACCCCAGUAGCUGUGCUGUUUGGGCACCCCUGCAUUGCGAAACGCAACUGCAAGUGUGGCCUGGUGUUUGAGCAGCUAACCCCCGUUUCCAGCUGGGGGAGAACCUUCAUCGUGCCGUCCCUAUCCGUAUCAGACGCAAAAAUUAAUCAGAUCAUUCUGCUAGUGAAGUCUGACGGCACUGGUCCAGAAAGCAUUCUGCCCUCCGAGUACCUGGCUCCUCCAAAUUCCAAAGUACCAACACUGAUGGACACCUCCCUCUACAUCCAGGCUCCGAUGCCAGUUUCUAUCAGUCUGUUGGAUUUUGGCGUCAUGGCUUUGAUACCAGUGGAACGUUUCUCCACCUGUUACCUGGUGCACACCUUUUCAUGGACGCAAAACUUUCUCCUGAUAGUAGUGAAAACUGCUGACAAGGAGGGGAUUCGUCUAGGGAAGCAGCCACUUACUUCAGGUGUGACCUGGGUCCAAGUGAAAAACUCUGACUACUCCGUGGCGCUAGUCAACCUGUGGUCUUCGGACAUGCACCGUGUCGUCUGGCACCUGACUUCCAAGAUGGGCGUCUACAUUAUUGGGAAAGACUCAUCGUUAUUUGGGAGCCCAGCUCUGAGCCUGAAAGUGGAACCAGAUGGUCGUAAGUGCCGGCUAUACGUGGGUGUACUGGACCUGGUGCAGGAGGAGAAGAGCUGGGCAGAUGCACAGGCCCACUGCAGGAACCUCAACAGCCAGCUGGCAAGUCUCGAUGUAGAGGAAUUCCUGCUGUAUGCUGGCCAGGAGCUGAAUGGGACCCAGCAAAGUGCAGUCUGGGUGGGCUUGCGCAAGGGCAUUCUGUCCGAAAAGUGGGGCUGGCUCAACAGGGAGCCAAUGGAAUACACUAAAUGGGGAUCAGGCCAACCAAAUAGCUCCCUGUAUGCCCAGUGUGGCAUGAUGUCUGUGGAAAAUCUCACCUGUAGCGCUGUGAGCUGCUGUGACCAACUGCCUUGCAUCUGCUUUGAGCCUGGGCGUGAAGUUCCGUUUCCAUAGCGCCCUUAAUCCAGUGGUCACCAACCCUGUUCCUGGAAAUCUACCCUGCUGUAUGUUUUCAUCUCAACCCAAAUUUGGCACACCUCACUCUACUAAUUAGCAGCUCAACAAGAUCUCUAGCUGUUGAAUGUGUUGUGCUUUGUUAGGGUUGGAGUGAAAACCUAUGGGAUAGUACAUCUCAGUACUAGUAGAUCUCAGUGGAUCAAAUUAAAUGCGGGCAUCUAUCUUAUUUUACAAUAAAUAUUUAAUGUAGCAAAGAUCUUUGCUGAGUCGGAAAUAAUUUAUAGAUGAAUAAAUAAAAAUAAUUCUCAGUGGAAAAAAUUUGUUUAAUGAAUAAAUUAUAUUUCUUGAAUUAUUUAUCUGAUGGAUACAUUUCCUUAGGUCAGAAACACCAUUUUAAACAAGACCAGGUAAAAACCUAGUAUAUGGCUGGACCGAACACACAUGAUUUGGCUGACCAAUGGUGUAACUACGUAACUCGGCCGACCAAUGGCGUAACUUCAUCACUCACUCAGUCACUCAGUCACAGACAUUCGUGUUUGUAGGGCUGGCCCUGCUGUUGCGGUCCAGCCAAAAACAGAAAAGAAAAAAACAUACUUUCUGCAUAAUCAACUGUUGUUGUAGAUCUUAGGUCUGUUUUUAAGCAAUUUAACUUUAUUACAAGCAACACUGAGCAUUUCAAAAUUGCAUUCUGUUUUUUUUGUUGUUGAUAGUUUGAUACUUAUGCGAUAACCUGAAAAGUUAUUCUCGUUUUCAUCUGAACUUAAUUGUGUUGGUAACUAAACUUACCUACGCAACUAGCCUGCAUGCAUUACACGCACACAUCUGACUUUACAAUAAUAUACCAUUGGGAGGACAUGGCAUGUCAAACUAACAUACUUUGCCCAGCCAACAUUAACCACAAUGUUUGUCUCAAAUAUUGAUGUCAAGAAAUAGAUCAAUCAGAGACAAGUGAGUUCUGGCUGUAUUGAAAAGAAUAUUAUUAAGACUGUAACAUUAAACCCAGCUGCAUGAUGGGUUAUCCCUUACAUCUAACUAAAGUGGGUGUGAUGAAGUUGUUUCUGCCAGUGCAGUUUCAUAGGUUACAACCAGAUGGCUAUGGAGUAAGAGACAAGCCACUAGGCCUGUUUAUGAUAAUUAAUGUGUGUGUGUGUGUAUUAGGGGUGGGGGGAGGUGCCACUGUUUGUAUGUGUAUCUGUAUUUGUUUUCAACCAAAAAAAUUAUUUGUAUUAGUUCCUCAACUUUAUUAUUAACUACUGUGUGCUAUGAACUCCUAAUUAAAUAAAAACCACAGAAUGUAAA